AUGUGGAUAUCUGACUCGCAGAGCUCAAAUGCUGGGGAAGUUGAAGCUGCAGAUGCUGAAGCUCCGGCAGAAGAGCUGUUGGUGGGAGAUUCGCUGCGCAAGCAAAAGCGGAUGCGCUUGCAAGCCAGGCGGGCUGGCAAGACAGGCAGCCACAUUCUUCGGAAGGAGUCUCGUAGAGUGUUGGAAGAAAUGGCUGAGGAUGCUGACACUGUAGAUCUAACAGUUGCCGAUGCUGAAGCAGCAACCGACUUGGAUGCAAACAUAGGCAGACCGGUUGCCUUGGAGCUUGCUGUGCAGCAAUCUUCUGUGGGCACCCCAGUGCCUCAGCAUCUUCUGGGGUUGGUGGCUCCUGGAUCAUCUGCGGGUCUACAAGUUUCCUUGCUUCAGCUUGCGUCGGAAGAGCUAUCGUGCGCGCAACAGUCUGCAGGUGCAUCUGAGUCGCAGUCAGAGAGAAGAACAGACGAGUUUGGCAUGGAAGAUGAUAAUGUCGCAUCAACAGACCUGCAGGAUUUCUUCGCAAGGGUAUUGGAUUCAGGCCCGCGGCCACAGACUGCCCUGAAUGCAGAUGCAGAAGCUUUGGGCAUCCCCAGUCGAAACUUCAGCCGAAACUUGACUGUGUUGGCUUCGGCAACACAUUUGUGCAGCUCAGCUGCGUGGGCAUUGCAUUCCGGGAUGCUGAAGAGCAAAUUGGUUGAGGGCACUGUGAAGCUGAGACUUCUGCUUCGUCACCGCAUCUACGAUGAAACACCGGUGCGGGUCCGUGUGGCACCUGCCCAGGACGAUUCUCGCGGUUUGCAGAGAGCAGAUAGCUGUUUGGCCAAAGUUCUUCAGACGAGGUUCAAAAUUGGCAUGCUAGUUGAACAUGUCCCUUCCGGUCAACUUUCUUGUCACCAUGGAGUGUUGCAUGUGCCAUUACAAGCCUUAGAGACCACCACAGGGGAGGAUUUGGCUAAGGCACAAUUGGAUUUGCACAGAGGUUUGGAAAAGUUGGAGGCUCUUGGGGCCGACUGCGAUGUUCGUGUGAACAUUGCCACAGCGGAUAGAUAUUCCGGCAAUCUUCGCGCUGAGGAGCUGCUUCACACACAGAUGCCUCAAGACAUUCCCAGUCGUUUUCCUUGUCAAAUUCAUGACACGAGCCGAGCCAUGACCUGGCAAAUGGCGCCGGUUUCCGAAACGAUUACAGGCAUGAUUUCGACUGCCCUGGUGUUGGGCAGUGCCGGGACUUUGUCCAAAUUUCGGCAAAUACUGGCAGACGAAAUUGAAGCCCGCCUCCAGAUACAUGUAGGUGACAUUCCAGGAGGUGAGAUGGAGGACUACAGGCUUGCUGUGUACAACUUGUAUUUGUCUUUGAACUUGGCCAGAUCCAGUGACAAACGAUUGAACAGGAGGAAGCGACUUGUGCAGAGGAAAGUUUUGAACUACUUCUUGGCCAUGGAUAUACAAGAUGAGAGCCACGUGUUCAUCAUUCCUGCGCUCGUGCCGGAGGGACUGCGGCUGUUUCCUCGGCACAGAUGGUACGGUGGAGAGUUGUCAAUAGACUGGUGCGGUCUUUUACAAUCGCACCACGGACUAUUCAAAGCAGUGCUGCUUCGAAUGCUGGGGCCAAUCGGAAUGACCUCUCCGAUUGCUGAUCCCUCCUUGGCUCUCGCUGAUGAGGAGUCGGAUGUGCAUGAAGGAUGGCAGGCUUUGGCAGCCGACAUGCUCAGUCGACAUGGGCAGAGAGAAACCAUGGAAGCUGCACAAGCAGCGAACGCUCUUGCUGGAAGCAGUGCUUGGAGCAACGAUGUAGAAACACGAUUGGCAGAUCUCAAUACAGCUGCCAAGGCCAAGGUGCGGGCAUGGAUUUCAAGUGCUGAUCUGAACGUGUUCGCGGUUUUACGGACGGCUCUCAACCCUGUUGUGGACCUGCUGUUUCUGUAUUUGCAUAUUUCUUCGGACAAGUGGCGACACCACCAAGAAUGGUCUUUGUGCCAGGGCCAGGAGCGCUCAUACAAGCUGACAGAAGUCUUUUUUGGCCAAGGUUUUACUGAGGCAAAGCAUCGUGUGGAGAAGGUUUUCCAUUCAGGUGUGCCGGCUCUUGCUCGGGCUGCUUUGACACAGGCCAACAAGAACCUGCUUUUUCGUUUGUUGGGCAGAUUGAUCUGUGCUUUGGAGCACAAUCUGGGUGCGAUCCGCCAGCAGUCUCUGCUCAGAUUAAAGCCCUGCCAACUGGACAUCCUGUCGCAGUGGUUUGUGGAUACUUUUCCCACUGCAACAGAUCUGCGAUCAGACAUUUGCCGUGCCAUGGUUCAUACCAUUGCAGCUUGUGUCUCGGUGGAUGUUGCAGAAAUUGAGUGCCGGCAUGCGCAAGUGCGAAAGCUGUUGACUGCCAAAAGCACAACCUGGGACUCACUUCUCGAGACCCUCAGCGCAGACUUCUUGGUGCGACAGGUUGCUAAAGCACAAUCUGAGGAUGCCGAGGUGCUGGAUAGGUUGGCCUUCUAUAAGGAUCAUCCUGCGCCAGAUGAAAGUGCUUUUUGCGAGUUCCAGCAACAGCGAGAGAUGAGAAGGCAAGCCGCCAAGAAGCAUGCCCGGGCUGCCAAGGCCAAGCGUCGUGCAAUUGCUUUGAAAAGAAAGCAACGCAAGAGAAUCAUCAAACCUCCACAGGGUGGAGCUCAGCGAGCUUACCUGCACCGGGAGCUGCCGAAGGCUUCUCCACAAGACUGGAAGAACAGACGAGCGCUUUUCCGCCGAGUCAAUGCAGCCUUCAAGCGUAUGACAUCUGCCGAGAAGCAGACGUACACGGAUCUUGGCCAGGCAGGAUUGGACAGUGCCAGGGCCGGGUCGAAAGCCUUUCUGAGUGCAGCAGAACCAAAGCCUAGGAAGCGUCGGAGAAAGCAAAUCCAAGACAGCAGUGCUGUUGCUGCGGAAGGCUCUGAACUCGCUGUGCGACUUGUGCAGCCUGAGGAUACCGACUGGGGUAAACUCUGCAACAAAGCUUUGGACAUGCGCAAACAUGCGACGGAAGAUGCUGCAGGCAUAGCCCGGCAGCACGACGACAAAGAAGCUUUGCAACAGGGCCAUGUGGCAGCUUUCGUGGCUCAGGAUCUGGAGGCGAACAACAAGACGGCUUUGAUUGCAGACCUCUUUGGCAUGGGUGUUCCUUUUGCAUCCUGCCAGUAUAUUCCCGAAGCGGACAGCUUCCCGACUGGUCGCUGGCUAAAUCCUGCGGCCGAGCUAGCCAAGGUCUUUGACUGA